UUUACUUGGCGGCGCGGGCAGCGCGUUGCUAGGGCUGAGGUGCCGGGGCGGCGGAUCAGCAAUCUUCACAAUGGCUGGUAUCGUGAUGGGGGUAGGACCAGGGAUUUUUAUCCUUGCUGUCAUUUGGGUUUUGUCUUUUUUGAUAUGUAACCUGCUGUCUCGAUCAGGAGGCGUGGUCAGCUGGCUUUCGAUUGUAUUGGUUUUCCUCCUGGCAUUGAUAAUCACCAUGAUCCUCAUCUUUUUUCCUCGAGCUAAGGAAACACCUGAACCAGUGACAGAAGACGUGAUUUUCGACAAUUUCUUCAUUGGCCGCUAUUGUCUGCUGUGUAUAUUGAUUGUGGGAUUCCUGGCAGGCUUGAUUCUACUAUUCCCUUAUUACCUUGUGGAGCAUAUAGAAGCCAAACCCCUUCGAAGCUUCUGAGAAGCAAUCCACAGUCCCUGGACUCCGUCUGUAUUUGUAACUUACCUGAGUUUAUUUUUGAGAAAAACAUCGAGUGGAUAUUGAAAUAUCUGUUGAGGAACGGCAGACAAGCAUUAAUGCCAAACCUUCUUUAAAAGAAAAGUCAAAAUGAAUUGUCUGUUUUUAUUUUUCUGCCAUUUCCCAAGGGUCCGUGGUUUUUGUUGAAAAAGGAAAUGAAAAGAUUUUCUUUGAAUUGAGCAGCACGCUAGUGAAAAAAGAUUAGUAUUGAGGACAUGUAGUAAUUAGAAGAGAAGGACUCCGAAAUCAUAUAAAUGUCAGCGCAAAAUAAGUCCAUUCUUGGUUGAUAUGCAGAAAUUUUCAGCCUAAUUUGUCCUUUUUCUUCUCGUCUCUAAAUCCAUGUUGUCUUUUCAUACCCAGUGGCCACAUGAUACUUACCUGAACAAUUCUGGCCAAGUGUAGUUGGGUUUCAAUGAUAAAUAUUAUUGACGUUAUCAAGGGUUCAUGUGUAUAUUCAAGCAGCAUCACUGAAUAGUGAUCAGAUGUUGGCAUUGCAGUAUAUUCUUCCAAGGAUGAUGAAUAUAGAGACCAGACCAAAAACCAUUUCUGCUUUCUGUUUGAGAAUACUGGAAAAAUGAGCAAUAUCCUUUGUUUCCCACACUGCAAAUUCCAAAUAUCUAGGUAAAAUAAGAUGUGGCGAUGUACAUAAAAAAAACCUGAACAUGCAUAUGAGGCACGAUAAAUAGAUAUUCAUGUCUCAUCUUGACUUCUCACAAGCCUGAUUCUGAUUCACUAGUGAAUUUCUACCAAAGGGACUAACCUAGUGAAUCUAUAUUAACUGCAGACAUUUUGCAAUUUUGACCUGCACAACUUUUAGAUAUCUUGAGGCAAUAGAAGAGAAUACAGUACAGAUUUCCUGUUAUGACUGCUAUCUAAACAAAAGGCUACAUUAGAUUUUUUUUGUUGGAAUAGAGGAGGUUAUUUACUGGUUUAAAAUUAUGACUGAAAUGAUCAGAUUAAACAGAACCGACUGUUUCCAUUGGAAGAGGUACUUACAUUUAUAAAGUGACCUGAAUCUAGUCAAUGUUUCAAGGGUCUUCAGAUAUAUGUUUUCGCAAACAAUUGACACUAAAACAAGAGCUAAUAGACCAAAAGCUUUGCCAAAGAGAUAGGUUAUAAAUGUUCUUUGGGAGAGGUAAGGAGGUAGAGUGGUUUAGGGAGUGAAUUUACGAACUUGAAGGCGAGGAUACCAAUUAUGAAACAUUGGAAGGGUGAAAGUAUUGGAAUUGAAAAUGAGGAUGGGAAUUUUUAAGAUGAAGCUGUUGCACUACGGCAUGCAUCCUAGUAAGGAUCCUAGGGUGGGAAAUAUAACAGGAGUUGGGAUUCUAAGAGUUUGAUUGAAACAAAGAUUGUGGCAACAUUUGAGAAUUGCAGCUGAAGAGUUAUAUGUGGAAAGUAGGGUCACGACAGCAUUUAAGAAGUGGCUUGAUUAACAUUUUAGUUGUUUAGGCAUAGAGGACUAUGGACCAUGUGCUGAGAAAGGGGGUUAAUAUAGGAGAGGUGUCCAUUAGUUAGUGUGGGUCCAAUUACCCGUUUUCAUGCUGUACAAUUCGAUGAUUCUAUGACGUGGAGCAUGCAAGUGGAGUUGGAAUGACUUGUGAACAGAUUGGGCUGGACAGCCUUGUUCCCAUGUAUUUUAACCCUUCCUGCAUUUUGUGGGGAAAAGGUCUCUGGCUUUACUGGAUGCUGUUCCCCUAUAACAAAGGGGCCGUGUUAGGAAUGGCUGGCUGAACAAUCAUGAAUCACUCCGAGGGACCAACCAGCCAAGAUUUUUUGCGAUUAACUAUUUAACAUGACUUUCUGUAUAUUACGAUUAUUUUAGGUUUUAGAGACCAUUUGUGGCCAUUAUAAAUAAUAUUUUUGUGGCCAUUAUAAAUAAUAUUUUUUUUAUUCUGUAAAUAUACUGUUUUAUAUCACAAAUAAAUGGUGGAAGAUCUUAACCAUCAAGCAGCAUCAGUGUGAAGAGACACCAGUUAACACUUUGGGUCAAUAACUCUUCCUUAAAAUUGUUCCGAGAAAGGGUCAUCGACUUUGAAUAUUAAUUGGUUUCUCUUUCCACAAACUCAGUUUCCAGCAUUUAUGUUUUUGUUUUGGUUUCCAACAUCUGCAGUUUUAUUUGCCUUCCUUUACAGCUUUAAAUGUGCUUAUUAAAAACUGAAAAUUCAGUAAACUAUAAACUCUUAAAAUAAAAAAAGCUGUUUCAACUCCCAUAUCUGAGCCUGGAACUUGUGAAUCGGGUGGGAUUUGCAGCUCUUUCCGUGUAGGUCCAUAGACGUUCAAUGAUGAAUUUGACACCAGGUGGCAUUGCAUUGCCACCUAGAGACCAAAAUUAUGAACUGUACUUGUAUAAUAUUGUUCAGUUGUCGAUGAAAAAUGGGAGUAAUGGAAAUAAAUUUCUAAAUGAAGGCCAUAAAAGUAAAUGGACUAUGAAAAAAAAAAGUCAAGGUAAAGCAAUAUAAUGCAUAUGUUGUGCUGUCGUACAUUAUAACAAUUCUGUAUAAUAAUUAUAGUUAAAUUUAAUCUAGACGCGACAGAUUUAUUCUGCUGUAUGUGAUUAGGUAUUCUUCCUGUAUGAUUAAUCCUCUUCCCUAAUAUGCCCUUUCUCACAAGUUCCAGAGCACAGCAAACUAAUUUAAAUCAAACAGGAUACAAUACCUAAUACCUAACCUCUAAGUUUUUCUGGAAUCAAAUUGUAUAUUAAACUACAUUAAUCUUCUAUUUAUAA